AUGCCUGGGCUCCUAAGAGAUGUGCUCUGUAUAAUCGAGACAUUUCACAAGUAUGCCAGAGAGGAUGGCGACAGGGCGAUGUUGACGCACGGAGAGUUGAAACAGCUCCUCCAGAGCGAGUUUGGGGACUUUCUUCAGCCACAUGUCAUUCAUGCUGUGCAGAGAAAAUUGAACCUCCUGGGUGUUGACAGCGCCAGCACCAUUCAUUUUGAUGAAUUUGUUCUGGCGAUAUUCAACUUGCUGAAUUUCUGCUAUUUUGACAUACAAUCUCUACUGACUUCAGAACCAAGACAGGUGCGUAAACCAGAGGAAGAGAAGCCACAGGAGGUAGAUCAGCAGGUCACCACUGGAAAUGGUCAGCAGACAGAAGGAACCAUGCCAGCUCAAGACAAGGUUGUGACAUCACCAGUUCAGCUCAGCACCAAAGAAAGGAGGGCAGCUGGACACGAUCAGGAGGAUGCACAGGGAGGCACCACAGUCCACAACCUGCCAAGAGAAUCUUCUGAGCACAACGGUGUGAAAAUUCAUCACCUGGAAGCAGGUGAACAAAACCAGGAAGUGGCCCCAAAGAUGCCAGCCACAAAGGACAAUGGAGCCCAACUUAACACAAAUAAGUCAUUAGCAGGAUCAGAACAGACAAGAAGGCCUAUAAAGAAGGAGUUACAGAAUAGGGAGUACUCCAGGGAAGGAGAUAAACCAGCAAGGGAACAAAAUGGCCCCGAGACAAAAGGCCAGCAGCAGGCAGAACAGGAAAGGAACUUGAAACAAGAACCAACACAGAGACAAUCUGAAGACCAGGAAGUUUCUGCACACAAGGGUGCUAAGAAAUACUCUGAAUCGCGAGACCUACCCCUGCAUGGAGCAGAGGAGCCCCGUGCAAAGCAGGCUGACCUGCCAGCUCUCCCUGCCAUCAGGAAAACCUCUAGGACACAGAAGUCAGCUGACCUAGAGGUUGAGGGCAGAACCCCUGAAAAGGUCACUGAUAGAACCUCCGAGAGCCAAGAGUCACGAGAACAAAAAAGUGACCAUACCACACAGAAACUUCCAGUCCAAGAUGUUUCUGAAACACCAGACAUUAGAGCUGAAAAGAAAGAAGGGGGACAUCUGAAAUCCCACGGAAGAACAGGACAAAAAGAAGGCCAGAGUAAAAUUCAGCCAUCAGUCCUGGAGACCUCAACACAAGAUGAAAAGGACCAGGAGCUCCAAGGACCUGCUGAAGAGAAAGACACUGAAAGAAGUUUUGAGACACCAGAUCUAAUCUCAGAAGACGGGAAGCAGAAUAACUCUGAGACUGAAGGAAAACAAGCAAGGUACUCUGAGGAAGACCUGGAAGAGACACUGGUGGACAGCACAAACAGUACUGCAGCAAAGAGGACCCCAGGAGCAAGAGAAAGAACACGAGACCCAGCCCUACUUUGGCAUCCAUCUAGAGGAGAAAAUGGUAGGAUUGACAAGACUCAUGAUGUGUCUGCUAUGGCGGAUGAUGGCUAUGGGAACAAGGAACCUGGGUCACCAGUUACACAGGUGGAAGAGGGGUCUUCUGGAACUCCCCACAGCCCGGCCCUGGAGGAAAAUGACUAUAGCUCAGAGACAGGUAGACCGCCUGUGCCACGGGAUUCCCAGGAUUGGAUGGAGCCACGGGAAGAGACUGCAAAAAGACAUCACAGUAAGAACCCAGAGACUUGGCAGCAGGAAUCACCAGGUGAGAACAGAGCCCAGGAGGCAGUGGAGUCAUCAGUAGGAGAAGAAGGUGUGCAGUUCCCAGAAGGACAGGAACAACCAGCUAAAGGAGGAUGCAAGAGGCAAGGCUCAGUGCUCAAAGAUCCAGGUACAGCUGGGAAGCUUAAUGGACACCCAGAAGCACAAGAAAGAGAUGAAAACGGAAAGUCACUGCAGACAGACAUCUCAGAUAUCCUAGAUGCAGAUUUCAUCAACCGGUGUUCCCUAAUGCAGCUCCCUGCAAAGGAAAACGGUAGAAGAGAACCCAAGAUCCUGAGCCCAAAAACCAGAGAAGAGCAAAGGGGUGCAUCAGAGACCCACAACACUCCAUUAACAUCCCUGGAUGAGCACAACUCAGUCUCCCCCAAGACACAUCUUGAAACAGAGGAAUCUACAGUAUUGGAAGAGGAGAAUGGACAUCUCCAAGAACUGGCAGAAGAAGACGAUGACCAACAAAGUCCAACCAAAGAAAACUAUGCUGCUGAAGUCCCAGAAUUGGACCUGGAACAGAGGAUGUACAGAGACCAAGAGUUCAGUUCUAUGGAGAAAGGUAUAGUUCACGCCAGCCCACGAUACCAUAAUGAGCAAGAAAAGAUACUGGAGCAAACAGACAGAACCCAAGAGGAGCCUCCACACCAAGUCAAGACAGCCCAGGUGUUAGACCCAGAGCUUCAUACUUCAGAGGCACGAGCAUUCCUCCCCAGGAAGAACUCAAACCAUCCUGUCUUUAUCGGCCACCGUGAGGUUUUACGACAGCACACCAAGGAGUUUCUGCCUGAUGAGGAUCCUGUUUAUGCACAGCAGACACCAGCUCUCCAGGCCUGGGAAGAAGAGAAGGGUCACUCUGAGAAAGCGGAACCAGUACUGAAGAGAGAGGUGACCAGCACAAAGCAGUAA